AUGGGAUUGAAGAUGAUGUUUUUAGUUUUUGGUUUGGUAGGUUUAUUGAUGAUAGCAGGAAAGGGAGAAGAUGAUGAUGAUAAGCAUAAAGAAUACUCAGCAAUUUAUAACUUUGGAGACUCAAAUUCAGACACAGGAACAUUUUCUGCAGCAUUUGCAAUGGUUUUUCCUCCCAAUGGUCAAAACUUUCCAGGAAAAUUCCCUACAAGAAACUGUGAUGGCCGACUCAUCAUUGAUUUCAUCUGUGAAGAGUUGAAGAUGCCAUACUUAAGUGCAUAUUUGGAUUCCAUUGGGUCAAAUUUCAGUUACGGUGCAAACUUUGCAGCUGGUGGAUCAUCCAUACAGAAGACGGGCUUUAGCCCAAUUAAUUUUGGGCUUCAAAUAUCUCAAUUCAUACAGUUCAAGUCCAGAACAAUGGCCCUCUACAAUGAAGGGGUGGAUGCAUAUUUAAAGAGUAGAUUACCGAAGUCCAUCAACUUCUCCAAUGCCCUAUACACCAUUGAUAUUGGUCAGAAUGAUCUAAGCUUUGGUUUCAUGAGCUCAGACAUAAAAUCACUUAGAUCAACAAUCCCAAAUAUACUCAGCCAAUUUUCUCUUGGAUUGCAGCAACUUUUGAAUGAAGGAGGCAGGUUCUUUUGGAUACAUAACACAGGUCCAAUUGGAUGUUUGCCAAGAAAAAACAUGAUGAACAAACUCACAUAUGAAGACUUGGAUUCUGCUGGAUGCAGAAAAAAUGAGAAUGAGAUUGCUCAGGAGUUUAACAACCAACUUAAGGACAUUGUGUUUGAGCUAAGAAAAAAUUUCACCAAUGCCAUCUUCACCUAUGUUGAUGUCUACUCUGUCAAAUAUGAACUAGUAAAACAUGCAAGGAACCAAGGUUUUGUUAAUCCAAAGAAGUUGUGCUGUGGCACUAGGAGUGUAAGCUAUUUUGACUGUGGAAGAAAGAAGAUAAAAAAUGGAGAAGAAGAAUACUACAAAUGUAAAGAUGCAUCAAAGUACAUUAGUUGGGAUGGUGUGCACUAUUCUGAGGCAGCAAACAAAUGGCUUUCCACUCUCAUUGUGAAUGGCUCUUUCUCUCAUCCACCACUUGCUAUAGGGAUGCUUGCUUCUCAAUCUCCAAAACAAAGUAAAAGAUGA